AUGCCGUGCAAGUGGGCGCGCCCCUGUUUCGGGAUCAGCGCAGGCAUCUGGGAUAUGACCAGCGAAAUAGCGGCAGCCCAGUGCGGUUCUCUCGCGGAGGGUUCUCUCGCAGUGGCUGUCUUACGGGCUUGUGGACUCGUGGGGCUCGCCGUGAACGGACGAGAGAGGCGCGUUGACGAUGCACGUAAUUACACUCUUCGGCGGGGAGGGCACGCAUUCUGGCGUCCGGACUCGGGAGCAAUCUGCAACCUCAGCGAAGGAUGUCUCGGGCAGUCUAGCGCAGCCACCCAUGUCUUAACACGCCGUGAUAUUCAACGCUGGACGAAGGUGACAGGCGAAGAGUCACGGUGGGAGGAGCGGGGUGAAGCUAAACGCAGUGCCAACUCAUCAAUACGACCACAACCAGCGCGCAUAGCCCUCACCGUCGGCCUGGAGGAAGCCUCGGAGCGGAGGACUGGUGAUGGAUUGAUCGUGGCCGCGCGCGGGGGGGAGAGAAAGGAGGCGGUGCGGCGCGGCGCAGAAUGGAUCGAGCAGAAGAAGAAACCAUUCCCCAUGGAGCGCGUUUCACAAUGGGAUGAGCCUACUCAGCUGGUUGGAUUGGUCCAGGGCGACGCCGCCCGUCACCCGCGCCUGCCAGCCCUGUCCGUGUGCGCCAGAAGAAGGACGAGAAAAGAGUCAAGGUCAUGGUCAUGGCCAAGUUGGGCCUCAGGGAUCAAGGGUUGGGACAUGGUGCGAGCAAAACGCGGCAGCGAAGAGGGAGAAAAACGGGUGAGGAUAUUUUUUGACAACUGA